CGCGUAGAGCUAACAGUUAGCUGGCAGGUGGUUAGCGGCGCAGAGAGUUUAAAUGGAAAAGUGAAGUAGUGUUUCCGGUUCAGAUUGUUAAAAAAGGAUGCGAGCCGAUAACUGAGGGAUUCAGUAGUAGUUUGAUUCGUGAUGUUGCUACAUGCUGUCGUUAGUUAGCAUCGAGUCACGUGGUGCUAAGCUGCUAACUGCCUCCACGCUGCGUGUCGCAGAAAAGCUGCUGUUGUUCAGUUUUCACUGGUAUGUCCCUUCUCAGGCCGACGUGGCUGUCUUUGAGGCCAUCUCAUCCCCGCCCCCAGGUGACCUGUGUCACGCCCUCCGCUGGUACAACCACAUCAAGUCCUAUCAGAGCCAGAAGAACAGUCUUCCAGGUGUGAAGAAGCCUCUGGGUCAGUAUGGCCCUGCAGGUGUGGCUGACACCACCUCUGGCUCUGCCCCUGCUGCUGCCUCCAAGGAUGAUGAUGACGAGGACAUCGACCUGUUUGGUUCAGACGACGAGGAAGAUGCAGAGGCUGCCAGGCUGAAGGAGGAGCGUCUGGCAGAGUAUGCCGCCAAGAAGUCCAAAAAGCCCGCCCUCAUUGCCAAAUCUUCAAUCCUAUUGGACGUCAAGCCUUGGGACGAUGAGACAGACAUGGCAAAGCUGGAGGAGUGUGUUCGCAGUAUUCAGAUGGAUGGGCUGGUCUGGGGACAAUCCAAACUGGUUCCAGUAGGUUAUGGAAUCAAGAAGCUGCAGAUCGGCUGUGUGGUCGAAGACGACAAGGUAGGCACAGACAUCCUGGAGGAGCACAUCACGGCCUUUGAGGAUUAUGUUCAGUCGAUGGAUGUCGCUGCUUUCAACAAGAUCUGAAAACGGCAAAAAUCAUGUUAAUAAAAUGCACUUGAACAGAAAA